AUGAUAUGUAUUGUGCAUUUCAGAUAUGAUAUAUAUUGUGCAUUUCUGUAUUUGCAUCAGAUAAACUGGAAAUGCUCCAACAGUCUAAGAUGUGGUAGAUAGGCGGAACUUUCAAACUGUGCUGAAAGCCAUUUACUCAGCUGCUGACCCUAAACGCCUUUGUAAAGGACAAUGAUCAUGUGAAGCAGGUGCCUCUGCUUUUCAUCAUAAUGUCUGGCAAAAAAUAGUAAGACUACAAAGCAGUCCUUGAUGCCAUUACAUCCAUCCUCCCUCAUCCACUGAGAGUCACUAAAGUAAUGCUGGAUUUCAAAAAAGCUGUCUGAAGUGCUCUCUGCCAGAACCUCCCAGAUGUGCAGCUUAAAGGGUGUUCAUUCCACUGGACAAAAGCCCUAUGGAGAAAGGUAGGAUCAUAUGUCAUACUGUUAAAUAAUUAUAAGUAAACCUGCCUGGGAACCCAGUUUAGAUGUUGACAUCUUCAUCCAACUCCUAAAAUUUGUCCACACUGAAAACUCUUGCCUCAUUUGUAUGAGGAGGAAACCCAAGAACAGGCUGACACACAGAAGUGGCAUGAAAUGAAGGCACAUAGGUUAUCCUUUGAGAGGACAAUCCAAAGAGGAUUGUACAUGAAAAGGUGAUUUCGAAUUGCUGGCAGCCAAGCAGCUGAAGAAGACCAUUCGGACUGUAGCCAUGAGGUAUGGGAUAGACAUAGAGGAAGACACAGUAGCUGCACAUGCUGACAAUGGGGAAUGUAAUGUUUACCCUGCUGGAACUGUCAUCAAACCUCCUUGUGAGGGCGUCCUCUCCAGAUCAAAGAAUGUAUAA